CAGACUCGACUGUGCGCAUGCGUGUGAACUAGGGUUCCUAGUAGGUUCGCCAGUCAGAAGCCUGUCUAUCGGCAAGACGGGGAUCCGGAAAGGGGCUAACAGAAGGGCAACCGCGGGGAUUAGCUGGCUUGCUAGCACGUUAGCGAAAGCCUCCGUGUGUUGCUAGGUAACGGAAGCCCAGCGGGAGAGAGCCACGCAGCAGUAGGCUGCAGAGCCGUGCUUCUCCAUUAAACCGUACCACCAUGUUGGUCCCAAUCUUCACCCUCAAGCUUAACCAUAAGAUUAACCCGCGUAUGGUCACUGUGGGAAAGUUUGAUGGGAUUCAUCCGUGUCUGACUGCAGCUACGCAAGCAGGCAAGGUGUUCAUCCAUAACCCUCACAGUCGAGGACAGAGACAAACAGCUCACCGGCUGAGUCAGAGUACCCAAGACUCUGACAUAUCCUUGCUCAACAUCAACCAGGCAGUAAGCUGCCUGACAGCAGGCACUUUGGGACCAAACACCACAGGAGACACACUUCUGGUGGGCUCACAAACCAAUCUGCUAGCUUACGAUGUACAUGACAAUGCUGACAUAUUCUACAGGGAGGUGACCGAUGGAGCCAAUGCCAUUGUUCUGGGAAAAUUAGGGGACAUUCAGUCACCUCUUGCCAUUAUUGGAGGGAACUGUGCACUUCAGGGAUUUGAUUAUGAGGGAAAUGACCAGUUCUGGACAGUUACCGGAGAUAAUGUGCGAUCACUGGUGCUGUGUGACUUCACUGGUGAUGGGAAGAAUGAGCUUCUUGUGGGAUCAGAAGACUUUGACAUCCGGGUAUUCAGAGAGGAUGAGCUGGUAUCAGAGAUGGCAGAGAAUGAGACAGUGACCUCACUCUGUCACAUGCAUGGCAGCAGAUUUGGUUACGCUUUGGCCAACGGAACAGUGGGAGUGUAUGACCGCACUGCCCGCUACUGGAGAAUCAAGUCAAAAAAUCAUGCAAUGAGUAUCCAUGCCUUUGACCUGAAUGCUGAUGGAGUUGUGGAGCUCAUCACUGGCUGGUCCAAUGGGAAGAUUGACGCUCGCAGUGACCGUACUGGUGAGGUGAUCUUUAAGGAUAACUUCUCCUCAUCUGUGGCUGGGGUGGUGGAGGGAGACUACCGUAUGGAUGGUCAGAUCCAGCUUAUCUGCACCUCAGUGGAAGGAGAAGUACGAGGCUAUUUGCCAGCCAGUAAGGAGAUGAAGGGGAACCUAAUGGACGCAAGUGUGGAACAAGAUCUUAUUAGAGAGCUGAGCCAGCGCAAACAAAAUUUGCUACUGGAACUACGCAACUAUGAGGAAAAUGCUAAGGCUGUCUCUGGUGCCUCUGAAGGGGAAAAUCAGAUGGGCGUAAUCCCCGCUAACACUCAGCUGCAGACGGCCCUGUCUGUGCGAGCAGCUACUGAGAGCCAGAGAGCCCACAUAGAGCUCAGCAUCUCUACACCAAAUGAGACCAUCAUUAGGGCUGUGCUGAUAUUUGCUGAGGGGAUUUUUGAGGGGGAAAGUCAUGUAGUGCACCCCAAUGCUCAGAACCUGUCUGGCUGCAUCUAUGUUCCCAUCAUUCCUCCUAAAGACAUUCCUGUGGAUCUGCACAUCAAGGCCUUUGUUGGUGGGAGGAUCAGUACACAAUUCCAUGUGUUUGAGAUAACUCGUCAGCUGCCUCGCUUCUCUAUGUAUGACCUUCAUGUUGACCCCUCAGCUCCACGACCGACGGGAAGAGUCACGUUCAGUGUCAACGAUAGGCCACAAAGGGUGGUCAUGUGGCUGAACCAGAACUUUCUGCUACCAGAAGACAUCAACAGCCCGGAUGUGACGUUCACUUCACUGCGUGGAGGAGGACUCCUGACCAUCAGCAUGCGCUCCAGUGGGGAGAUAACACUGUCUACAGAUGACAUUGAUCUGGCAGGAGAUCUGGUCCAAUCUCUGGCUUCUUUCCUAGCCAUUGAAGAUUUACAGGCAGAAGCAGAUUUUCCUACCUACUUUGAGGAGCUUCGAGUCACUCUUACAGAGGUGGAUGAGUUCCACUCAGUGCAUCAGAAAUUAACAGCAGCCAUGGCAGAUCACUCCAACCACAUUAGAAACAUGCUGGUGCAGGCAGAGGAUGCCAGACUCAUGGGAGACUUGAAGACCAUGAAGAAGCGUUACAUUGAGCUGUAUGACCUCAACCGAGAUCUGAUCAACGAAUACAAAAUCCGUUCCAAUAAUCACAAUGCGCUUCUGGCCUGCCUUAAGGCUGUGAACCAGGCCAUUCAGCGGGCGGGCAGGCUCAGAGUGGGAAAACCAAAAAACCAGGUCAUCACUGCCUGUAGAGACGCUAUCAAGAACAACAACAUAAAUGCUCUCUUCAAGAUCAUGAGAGCAGGGACGGCUUCCUCCUGAAGAAGCCCUUUCGUGGUCCUCUGCUGCACAGGACAGGAGCUCUGGCUCUAGGGAGAUCAGUCUACGUCUCCUGGAGGAGAGGCUGAAACAAGACACUGUGUGGAGAAAGAGUCCAGUAAUCUGCUCUUACUGAGUAACAGAAAAGCCUGCAGGAGAGAACAUCUAACCCGGGCCUUAUUACAGCCGCAGUUGUACGUAGAGGAGUAACUGGAUACUGUAGAUGCGGCAGCUGAUGAGGCCGUCCUUCGUGUGUUCAGGGAACAGUGGAAUGUACACUGUAUGUCCAAAGGUUUAAACACCUGCUCAUCCAAUGUCUCCUCUAAAAUCAAGGGUCUUAAUGCAUUUCUCAUUAGAUUGUUGUGUAUUAUGGUUUUAUAAGAUUAAUCAGCUUGUUUAUAGAUUUUUUUUUACUUGCUUUAAAUAAUUCUAUCUAGAUAAAAUGUCUAAUUAUGUUGACAGAUAAUUUUGCUUGGUUUUAGGUGUAAUGCUGAUAAUUGUGUUUGCUUGAAACAAGCAACAUUAUCUUGUAGUAGAAUAAGACAAUUUCACUAGAUAAAAUUGUUUAACGGUGCAGUAUGUAAGCUUACUGGCAUCUAGUGGUGAGGUUGCAGAUUGCAACCAACUCAAUACCCCUCCCUCACCACUCCCUUUCCAUACUCACUGGAUUUUUCAUAUGAUCCUCAAUUUGUCAAAAUUUGGCUUCUCAGACUUAUGACAACACAGCACUGGCUGCAGCCAUCGAUUCGUCUUUCUGCGUCUUCCAACCGGUGCCAUCAAACUCCAGCUGUUGCUUCAAUGUACAACAUCAAAGGCACUCUCUAGAGCCAGUGUUUUGUUUUGUUUUUUUAGAAAAAGUAUAGAUAUGAAAGACCCAUUCUAAGCUAAUGAAAACACAAGUAUGCGUAGUUACAGGUGGUACACUAAUGAAAACAGGGUUUUCUAUACUGUGCUCCAUUUCUGCUAAUAGAUCCUAAAUCUUACACACUGCACCUUUAAAAUGUCUAGACAUAAGUUAAUCUUAUAAUAUUCUUACAACAGUCUCAGACUGAGAAAUAUUAGCUAUGUUGAAAAGAUGUCAUUUUUAACAGCCUUUUUCCUCUUUUUUACUUUUCUGGGAAGGCUUUACACUAGAUGUUGGAACUUUGCUGUGAGGAUUUGAUUGCUUUGAGAGACCAGAGCAUUAGUAAGGUAGCGAUGUAAUGUUGGAUGAUUUAGUUCUGCUCAUCCCAAAGAUAGUGGAUGGUGCCCCGUUUGUCCAGAGAACACUGUUGUACUUCUCCACAACUCAAAGCUGAGGGGCUUCGUGCCCCCCUCUCACUGAUUCUUGGCAGUGGGCAUAUUACAUUUCUUCUGCCACUGCUUUUCCAUGCAGAUGACAUCACUUUAAAGGAGCAGAGUGCACUCGUUAGAAGAGUGCCUGGAUACUUUUGGACAUAGACUGUAUGAAGAUGUUUACUUUUUAUAGCGGACAGGCGCUUGAGGGAUAUGGAAUGUGUGUUUGGGAGAUGUUGAAUUGAAUUAAAUUAUUGGAGAAACCUC